UCCAAAAACAAGAAGAAAUUUAUGAUGACAUCUUAGAGACAAAUGUGAGAAUCCCAAGUUUGUGCAAAUACCCAGUAAUGGCAGCUAUAGACUUCGGUACAAAAUACAGUGGUUAUGCAUUUGCAUUGAAUAGGUCAGAUACCACAAUUCAACUACCAACGUGGUCAUCCGGGGACGCGAUGACAACUAAAGCACCCACGGCAGUCUUAUUUGGACCAGAUAAGACCUUCCUCAAGUUUGGAUACGAUGCCAUUGCAUACAUGCAGGAAAAUCCAUAUGAAGAGGAUCUUGGCAAAUUUUAUUUCUUCCAAGAUUUUAAAAUGCGUCUGUAUGAAACAGAGGAUCUGUCACUGGAAACUAAAAUUACAGAUGUUACGGGUCAGAAAAGUUUGUCAGCAAUAGUAGUUUUCUCCAGUGUAAUAAAGUUUUUCUCCGAUAAUCUGAUUUCAAAUUUUGUCAACCGUUUUGGUGGAUCAUCUUUUGAGAUGAGAGAUAUAUUUUGGGUGAUAACUGUACCUGCUAUUUGGAGCCUGAAAGCUAAAUACUUCAUGAGAGAGGCUGCCACAAAAGCUGGUAUACCCGUCAAUCAAAUGGCAAUAGCUCUAGAACCAGAAGCAGCCAGCGUGCUAUGUCGCACAAUAGACGUGUAUGUGUCAUCGAAUGAUGGAAUAGGAGGAGUAACUAAAGCUUUUGAAUCAAUACCAGAUAAUUCUACCUAUCUGGUCGUAGAUAUGGGAGGUGGUACGGUAGACAUAACUCUUCAUCAGGUGCUUGAGGGAAAAGGACUUCGUGAACUUCACAAAGCCAGCGGUGGAGACUACGGGGGAAACCAGGUCAAUAAAAGAUUUCUGAAAUUUCUACAAGAAUUAUUCGGGAACAGUGUUUUAGAAACGAUCAAACAAAAAUAUCCUUCAGACUGGGUUGAAAUUCUCACUAAUUUUGAAAUUAAAAAAAGAGCAACAACCAAAUCAGAAGACCAAGAAAAGGUUGUUAUGAGAAUUCCUGUUUCAUUUGUGGAAGAGUACAAGACAUUGAUAAAACAUGACAUCCAGGAAAAGAUAAAAUCCCUCGGCUAUGAAGGGGAAGUUGAAGUAAAGAAAGAUAAAUUGUUCAUGAAAUGGAAACUCUUUAAGUCUUUUCUUGAAUUUUCUUUAAAGGGGAUUAUAAACUGUAUUGAAAACAUUCUAAAAUAUGGGGGCAAUGUAGAUUCAAUACUGUUUGUUGGAGGGUUUGCGGAAUCACCCUAUCUUAUCCAAAUGCUCAGGGAACAUUUCAAAAACUUCACGAUUCUUGUGCCAGAAGAACCAUCUCUCGCUGUCUUGAGAGGAGCUAUAUUAUUUGGGUUCGAUCCAACAAUAAUUCAAUCAAGAAUUUGUCGAUACACUUAUGGCUUCGCCAAUCAAAGACCAUUCAUUAAUGGAAAAGAUAAAAUUGAAAAGAAAACAAAGCACGGUAAUCGAUUUUACUGUGAUGACGCUUUUGAUAAGCAUGUCGAAAUAGGAGAGAUGCUUCGAUUCGGGGAAUUUCAAGAACCUAAAGAUUAUCAUCCACUAAAAGAUGACCAAGUUAUGAUAAUGCUAGAACUAUAUGCCUCCACAGCAAAAGAUCCAAAAUAUGUCGACGAUCCAUCUUGCCACUUAGUUGGUGUAAUGGAAAUUGAGUUAACACCACGAAAACCGGGAGAAGAUGGCACGGUAGUAGUUCGUGUCAAUUUUAGUGGAACUGAAUUGGAGAUAGAAGCACGUGAAAAGAGAACUGGAAAUAUUACUCGAGCAACAUGCAAUUUCCUAGGAUAA